CGGCCACUUUUGCGGCGACCUUCAACGCCUAGAGAUACUGUUGUGGGCACAGUCAGGCCAGUCCAGGGCCGCCUAGAGCCCGAGGGCCAUAGUCAGCCACCUAACCAUUGGCAUAAACCCGCAAUCCUUGCCCUGUCCACUCCGUCAUACAUUUCAGUACUUUUUUCGCUCCGACUUGCCUUCAAGUUUCUGUUCUCAACUUUUACCACCACUUGCUUAGAACUCCUUUCUACCUAGAUUCCUCUAUCAACCUUACAACUUGACCUCAAGACCUCGUGUCAAUAACCCUCCGCACCACUCUCGCUUACACACCCUUUCCACCUACAUUCACAAUGGCCAAGGACGAAUUCAAGGCGGGUGACGCAAAGAAGGGUGCCAACCUCUUCAAGACCAGAUGUGCCCAAUGCCACAGCACUGUCGAAUCUGAAGGCAACAAGAUCGGCCCCAACCUGCACGGCCUGUUCGGUCGCAAGACCGGUUCCGUCCCAGGCUUCGCCUACACAGACGCCAACAAACAGAAGGGCAUUGAAUGGAACGAGGGCACACUGUUCGAAUACCUCGAGAACCCCAAGAAGUACAUUCCUGGUACCAAGAUGGCCUUCGGUGGUCUCAAGAAGGGCAAGGACAGGAAUGAUCUGAUCACCUGGAUGAAGGAGGAGUGCAAAUAGAGCACCAUCCUUAGUCACGUGGACUUCCUUUGGACAUUUUGCCUUGGCGAGCUCGAUUUAUCUGAACAUGAAUGAAUCCGGGAUCAGCGGGUGCUGUAUCAUCAAGAUGGGGGAGGCGUCAAUAAGCUAAUGGUCGGGUUGGAACAUGCAUGUUGUAUGCUUGCGAGAGGCUUGCUCCGGAGAAUCCGGUCCCCGAGCCUCUCUGUACAUAAUCUUACCCUGGUACCAUGCCACCAUCCCAUUACGUCUGUGCCUGGAACAGACCGUCCAGAACAGUGUAUAGGGCCAGAAUGGAACUAC